GCCAUUUUUAGAAACGUUGGCAAAGUCUACAAAAAGCAGUCCAUCCUGUUUUUUUAUUUUUUUUUAAAGGGAUUUUAAUUUUGMUAACAAACUGUAUGGAGAUGAAAUGUUUCCUCGAUGAGAAAAUGUGCAGAACGUCGGCCAAAUCCAUCUCGCUUCAUCUUCUCCCACUGCCAGCCACUUGGCUUCCUCUCAUCACCAUAUUUGGUAGUGAGUGGAAACGCCAGCCGGAGGCUUCACAUUUAUACGUUUAUCUGUGCCUUCUCCUUCAAUGAGGGGGUACGGACGUCCCAAGGAUUCCAGAUAGCGAAGGCCGAUUGAAUAUAGGCAACAAUGUAGCCCUCUCCAAGGAUGUAUUCAUUACGGAAACCUUUUGCCGUUUAACAACGGAAACGGGGAGGGACCUACUUGAAUUUGUCCAAUAGAAACUAUCGUUUGCGUUUUCCUUUUGGAGUAGACUGUUUCUGUUGCAAAACCAGACGAAAAGUUUUGCAACAGAAUUGGAGGAAUGAUUACAGCCCAGCUCUAGCCAUAUCGGUUCGGSUUAUGACCGGGGGGCGGCAGAGAACACCGAUAUUUCUGAGUAACAAACGUCAUGCGUAGGCUACGUCCUUGAGGAAUGAAAUGACAGUUCGAGGUGUUUUUUUAAAUUAACAACAAGCAAAGCRUUGCGGGGCCAUUUCUAUGAAAAAAUGCUGGGUCUUCUUGUGAGAGCCGUGCUAAGGUCAGGCUUGGUGAAGCCAUAUCACCUGGUCAAGCCAGUGUCAGUGACUAUCCUCCCAGAGAGGUCUUCGCACCACCAGGACAAUUUGCCCAAGCUGCCAGUGCCUCCACUGAGGCAGACAUUUGAGCGCUACCUUUUGAUGCUGGAGCCCCUGCUCAGUGAGGAGGAGCUGGAUCACACACGCAAGCUGGUCAAGGAGUUCCUCAUUCCUGGUGGGGUGGGAGACAGGUUGCAGAGAAGCCUGGAGCGCAGAGCCAGCAACAAAGGAAACUGGCUCACAGAGUGGUGGAUGCAGUCAGCCUAUCUGGAUUCCCGGAUGCCUGUGGCAGUCUAUUCCAGCCCAGGGGUGGCACUGCCCCGCAUGACCUUCCAAGAUCGCCAAGGACAAAUGAGGUUUGCUGCAAAAUUGAUUGCAGGGGUUUUGGYCUUCAAAAAAAUGAUUGACAGUGAGACGUUGCCUAUUGAGUAUUUGGGUGGGAAGCCUCUGUGUAUGGACCAGUACUACCAGAUCCUGUCCUCCUGUCGUAUCCCUGGACCAAAGAGAGACACUGUGGUCAACCACGCUAUCGGGAAAGUGGCCCCUACUCACAUCACUGUGGUCCAUAACUUCCAGUUCUUUGUCCUGGAUGUGUAUAACAGCGAUGGCUCACCACUGACGGUGGACCAGAUCUACAUGCAACUGGAGAAGGUCUGGAACUCGUCCCUGCAGAGCAACAAGGAGCCUAUAGGCAUCCUGACCUCCCAGCACCGCAACACCUGGGGCAAAGCCUACAACAACCUCAUCAAAGACAAGACAAAUAAGGAGUCUGUCCGUGCUAUCCAAAAGAGCAUAUUCACGGUGUGUCUAGACGCCCCCAUGCCACAGAUGUCUGAGCAGCGGUACCAGAGUCGUGUCGCUGCCCAGAUGCUGCAUGGUGGAGGGAGUCGCUGGAACAGUGGCAACCGCUGGUUUGAUAAGACGUUACAGUUUAUUGUGGGCGAAGAUGGUACAUGUGGUCUGGUGUAUGAGCAUGCCCCAGCUGAAGGCCCACCCAUUGUGUUCUUGGUGGACCAUGUGGUUGAGUACAUGAGGAGGAUGGAGGUAGUACGAACUCCCAUGACCCCUCUGCCCAUGCCUCCCAAACUGCGUUUCAACAUCACACCUGAGGUGAAGAAGGAUAUUGAGUCGGCCAAGCAGAAUAUGAACAUAAUGUCACAUGACUUGGAUGUGAACGUGGUCUUCUUUUCUGACUAUGGGAGAAAUGUUCCAAGGGCGCACAAGUUGAGUCCAGAUGCCUUUAUACAAAUGGCUCUACAGCUUGCCUACUUCAGAAUGUAUAAGAUGUGCUGUUCUACCUAUGAGAGUGCGUCCUUGCGUAUGUUUGCACUUGGUCGAACAGACACCAUCCGCUCCUGCUCCAACGACUCGCUCAACUUUGUCCAGGCGAUGGAGGACCCAGCUAAACCGAACACAGAGAAGGUUUUUCUAUUGGACAAAGCAUGCCAAGCCCACAGAGAAUACACUCAUAUGGCAAUUCAUGGCCAGGCCAUAGACAGACAUCUCCUUGGCCUGAAGUUGCAGGCGAUUGAAGAACUUACUUCCAUGCCAGAGAUAUUCAUGGAUACAGCCUAUGCUGUGGCUGAACAUUUCAAUCUCUCCACCAGCCAGGCUGGUGCUAAGACGGAUUGUGUGAUGUGCUUCGGUCCGAUGGUGCCGGAUGGCUAUGGAGUGUGUUACAACCCCAUGGCAGACCACAUCAACAUUGCCAUUACAGCCUUCAACAGCUGUGAAGAGACACAUGCUGCCAACUUUGGCCGGGGUGUGAAGAAGGCUCUGAGAGACAUGAGGUCUCUGCUGGAGGAGACAGCUAAUGCUAAGCAGUGAGGCCCCACAGGGGACAUGGCUCUGUAGGGCUGUGUGGGACUGAACCUGUGCUGGAUGUAGUGGGAGAAACUAAAGCCACCCUGGUAUAUCUAGUGCUCUAACAUGGAGAGAGGAGAAGCACGUUGCACCGAUUUAGGUGGGCCUUGGAAAGCUUUUGGGCCCUUCAGGUAGACUUGAUAUGUGUGGGAAGGAAAGUCCUGUUAUACCCAGAAGACUAUACCUGUACAUCAGUGAAAAGUGAGUAUGACUGAUGGAAAGUUAUACAUUUCAUGUUUAAUGAUAUGGGUUUGUCCAUUUCCAGAUAGUUAGAACCUUAUGUUAAAGAAAGAUCCACACCAGAUCAUGGUGACUAUAUUAUGUUUUUACAUUUUUUWUWUUUUUUAUUUUUUUAAGUCUACACAUGUUGGUGCUGUCUUAAAUGUUAUUCUGGUUGUUUUUACAUGCAUUUAUUCCUUUUGUUUACCUACAUAUUUGUUAUUUCAUAUUUAAAAAAGAAUCAGUUCAAACAGUUAAGUUAUGUAAGUAAUGAAAUUGUGUGCCAUACUAUACCAGAUGUGCCAUAAUAAUAACUUGCUGAGUGGUUCUGCUUUGAUUCACAUUGGUAAAUGUUUUCUAUACAACUAAAAAAACUAAACCAAAGACUGCUGUAAUGAUAAUCAUUUACACUUUGAGUAUUUAUUUUAAUGUUACAAAACCUGACAAUAUUGAUUAAACUAAGGAAAAACUGUCCUCCAGUAACUGCCUAAAUUUCAUUAAAUACUGUAUAAUAGAAAGGCGAGCCACAGAUCAAGGCUCCACAAAUGAGUAUUUCGCUCGGAAGCUACCCUUGCUAUGCAGGUACUUGCCAUGGAAUUCUAUCUCCGCCAUGUUUCCAGCUGAGCGCUAGUGAAAGAGCUGUUGGCCCUUGAACACGUUGGUCUUCAAGACAUCUACAUCUCGUAUGUAAUGGAGAUGGUAUUGGAGACAUGUUUUUUACAAUGGCAUACAUGUCAAGAUGAAGGUUAAUUGUUUAAUGUACACUCAACUAGACAGUGUGCAUUGAAAUACUGAAGAAUCAAAACAGAACUGUCUCCCUCUUCCCUCACCAUAAUGAAGGUGGACUGGGCUGCUGUGCUGUUGUCCACGGGGCCCAUGCGCAGAGCCUGGAUCCUGAUCUUUACUGAGGGAGGGGCAUUGAUGAGCACUUGAAAGGUGAGACUGCCCAAAGCUGAGGUCAUCGUUGGAUUCUCAAUGACUCCGCUGGGAGUAAACAGCUGGACAUCAGUCUGUGGGAGCAACACUGAGAGGCAUAUGGCCCAUAGCCGCUCCGUACCGUCACACCCUGGUGAUGAGUGAUUACUCUUCUUGGAGGUCUUCUGACUGCUGUAAGUGAGCAGCACUCUGUUUCUAGGAGACAGGAGAUUCCAGCAGGAUGUUGGUCCUGGAGGUCCAGGCAGCAGCAGUUCCUCGAUGAGAGGCAGGAGGUCAGGUACAGAUGGUGAACCAGAUGACCGUCCUCCAGAGGAGAGGGGUGAGUGAUGUUUAAUGCCAUGCUGCAACUCCCAGGCACAACAUACUGAUCCCCAACCAACACCGCUAUGGAUAAAAACACCUGACACCUUGCUUACUGUCCUUUGUUUCUUUGGGGGGGAGGCUUUUAAAACCACCCACGGUCACCCCAGAUACUCACCCAGGUGAGUGAAGACAGGUGCCCUGUUGGCAAUGUGAACCUGAGUGGCAUUCACUGGCAAGGUCAGGAAUGUGAGGUACUCUGAGAAUCAAAUAAACUGGGAAGGAGAGUUUAUUAACUGGAACUGGACGGAGGUAGAUAUGGUCAUUCUCCAGACUGAGGUGUGAUGUCAUUACCUCUGGCCUGACCACCACUGUAAGACUGAGAGGUGAGACUGCAGGAGGAGCCAUCUCCUCCACCUUCCCAGACUACAACACUCCAUCACAGCCAAACAGCUGGUGGAAGACUGGUAGAAAUUAUGGCCCAUUAGCUUAUGAGGACAUGUCAGGUCUAAUAAUAUUUCAAAUUGUCUCUUAGAAAGUUCUAAGGUGGAGAAACCCAAGCAGGCCUUUACCUGGCACAUCCCUUCUUUGACAAGCUGUGGUGGCACCCAAGGGAGCUGGACUGUCUGUUUCACACCGAGUCCCAUCCACAAACUGAGACCCAAAGGCUUACAAUGAAGUUUUCUCCCUCUCUCCACAUAUACCUGCACUGUUCAUCCCCUGGUCAUGAGGAACAAUCAGAGGGAUAUAGUGGGUGGAGGGAGAAUUUCAAACUAUAGUAGUUUUAUUGUCCCUCCACCCCACCAUUCCGAUUGACGAGGUGUCUUGGCCCAACUGUGACAUCCUACAGUGUUGGGUGACAGGCACAGGGGCUGGAGCACUGCUCUGCCAUGAAGGCCAGCUGGGUCCUCUCAAACUGCUACRCAGACAGCAUAGUGUGAGGGAGGAAUGUGGAACAUUGCUUGUUAAGUUUAUACCCUUAAUUUCAGAUGACAUCUGUUUAACAAUCAAUUGGACUGAGUCUGAUGGGACCCAGCCAAGUGGAGAAGUGGCACACUC